AUGGUGAAUAACAGAAUCCAACAACUGACGCAAGCCGAAUUGUUGGCACAAAAUGCGGAACUUCAGGCAAAACUCCAAAGGGUGAACAACCUACUUGUGCAAAACCAGAAUGAAAACAAAGACAAGGGCGACCCCAAAUGUAACAACAAGCCGGUGUUAAAAACUCACCCAAAGGAAACAGUUCCUCCGAAAGAAAAGAAGAUGAUAUCCAGCCUUUUUUCAGGAGACAUUAUGCAAUUUCAGAUGCCAAAACAUUUCACUUUGCCUACCACUCUCAAAGCAUAUGAAGGGCUCGGAGAUCCACAUAUUCAUAUUACUAAGUUUCAGUUUUCCAAGUUGCCUACAGGAUCUAUUUCCAAUUUUGAAGAUUUGGCAGAGGCUUUCACUAACCACUUUGCUUCAUCAAAAAUAUAUGUUCAUGGAUCGGACUAUCUUAACACCAUUAAGCAGGGACAACACGAAAGCCUCAAAGAUUACAUGACCCAAUUUGCAAAAGCAACCAUGGAGAUUCCGAACCUUAGUCUGGAUCUGAGUGCCGAGAAAAAGCCAUUGGACAGAUGGAGAUUGAAGAGCUCCGCGAAGCACGAAAGGGCAAACAAACAACCACUUCGGCGUGAGAAGGAAAAGAAUCUCAAGACUCCACAAAACAGGGAUGCCAAGAAACCAUUCAAGCUCACCCCAAAAUUUGAUACCUAUGCACGAUUCAACACCGAAAGGGAGAAUAUCAUAAACGAGAUCCUCCACGCCAAAAUAAUAAAGCCUCCAAGAAGAGCAGGAAAUUAUCAAGAUCAGAGGUUCGUAACUAAGCAUUGCGCUUUUCACCAGAAGUUUGGCCACACAACAGAUGAGUGUGUAAUAGCCAAAGAUCUACUCGAAAGACUAGCCCGACAAGGUCUCUUGGACUAA